GAUGUAGUAAUACAGCCAUACUCGGUAAGUACGGUAAAUAUAGAGAGUACAGGUCUAAAAUAACAUUCUGGCUUGACCGUAUUAUUAAUCCGAAUGAUCUGAGCGUCAGUAUCUCUCGGAUACACAUUCUACACAAGUCCAAACAUGGUGUUAUCAUUAUAUGUGAGAACGAUUACCUUACGGUAAUUCGGUCACUGAAAAGGAUUCUCGAUCCUUUGAGUUCUUUUUCUUUUUUCUUUUAGAAAAAAAUUUAAGUGUAUUUAUUUAUUCUAUUGCAUCAUCAUAUCUUUAUACUUUUCUGUUUAAUAGAUACACUAGUAGAUGCAGCUGGCUUCAUAGCAAAAAGACAAAAGUUAAAUCAAGCAUCGCUCGAUGCAGCUAGAUGUGGACGAUGAACUGCUAGAUGCAUCGGCCAAAAGACAAUGGAAGAAUAGUUAAAUAACUGUGCAUCUAGUAACAGCCGAUGCAGCUAGCUUCAUACAUCUAGCUGGAUCUACUAGUGCAUCUAUCAAAUGAAGCUAACUGCAUCGACUUUCACUAGAUACAUAGUUAUUACUAGAAAUUCGUUCGAAUUCUUUACUAUCAAAGUAUCGAACAUUCGCUGGUACAUAUAACAAUGUUGCAUCAGUUUAUAAGAAGAAGGGUGAAUACGAUAAAGCUUUAGAAUAUUACCAGAAGGCAUUGGAAAUUCGUUCGUGUUCAUUAGCAUCAAAUAAUCUAGCAAUAGUCGCUAUAUAUAAUAAUAUGGCAUUAGUGUAUUAUAAGAAAGAUGAAUACGAUAAAGCAUUAGAAUGUUAUGAUAGGACACUAGACAUGCGUUCGAGGUCGUUACCGUCCAAUCAUCCGGCAGUGGCUAGCACAUAUUAUAAUAUUGCAUCAGUUUAUCAUAGGAAAGGUGAGUACGAUAAAGCAUUACAAUAUUAUGGAAGGACACUAGACAUUCGUUCGAAGUCAAUACCAUCAAAUCAUGCAUUGAUGGCUACUACAUGUUUUAAUAUUGGAUUAGUUUAUUAUAAGAAAGGUGAAUACGAUAAAUCAUUAGAUUAUUAUGAAAGAACACUAGAACAUGAAUCCAAUUUAAUACCGUCAAAUCUUCCAUCAGUAGCUACUACAUAUAACAAUACUGCAUCGGUUUAUUAUAAGAAGGGUGAAUAUGAUAAAGGAUUAGAAUAUUAUGAAAAGGCGCUCGAAAUUGAAAGAUGUUCAUUACCAUGGAAUCAUCCAUCAUUAGCCGUUACAUAUUAUAAUAUUGCAUCAGUUUAUCAUAAGAAAGGUGAAUACCAUAAAGCAUUAGAAUAUUAUGACAGGACAGUAGAAAUUGAAUCGAAGUCGCUAGUAGCAAAGAAUCCGUCAUUGGCUACUACAUAUAAUAAUAUUGCAUCGGUUUAUUAUAAGAAGGGUGAAUAUGAUAAAGGAUUAGAAUAUUAUGAAAAGGCACAGCACUUGAAUCGUGUCCAGUACCAUGGAAUCAUCCACCAUUAG